CAGCCAAAGCCACAGCCAACGCGCAUCCGACCUGCAUCGGCCGCCACGAAGCUCUAGGCACUCAUAAUUCAGCGAUAAAGCGCUUUGAGUUGGUGUUUGCUUUCCUCUUCACAGUCCCCAAUCCACUCCGUCGAGAACACCCACCAUGGCCGAGAAACCAGCGGCCGAAAAGCCAAAAGCCAGCACCACUCCAGGCGCUGAGUCUCCGACCACCGCGCGCCCGCUCGACUUCGACGACGACGGCGAGACACCCUCAACUGCCCUCGAGAGCGCUGCGUCCCCGCCACCCCCCUCUAAGUCCCCUAAACCGGGUGUCCGCUUCUCAGACGACGCUACCGAGAUCCCCCCCCCGAAGCCACCGCGCCCGAUGAGUCCCCAGCAGCAGGCCGAGAACACGCUGAUCGAGGCCUUCCCCGGCAUCGACGCCAAGGUUGUUAAGGCGGUCCUUGUCGCAAGCGGAGGCAAAGUGGAGCCUGCGUUCAAUGCGCUGCUCAGCAUGUCGGAUCCCAACUACCAGGCCGAGGAAACGCCUCCACCUCAACCGCCUAGGCCGACUCAGCAGCCGCGAAACCAGCUGGAGGCAGAUGAGCUGUACGCCCGCCAGCUGGAAGAGCACUAUCAGACCCAGGGUGGACAUGCGUCACAUCGCGGUGGCCCUAGAGCGCCGCAGCGACGCAAGGACACUGGUCUGAAGCCCAAUGAACUUUACGACGACAAGGAGCAUAGCUUCUUCGAAGACGAUCUCCCGGUGAUCAAGAAGAACAUCGAGCAAGGCUUCCGCGAGACCCAGAGUAAGGUCAACGAAUGGAUCACCAACUUUCGCAAGAAGCUCGACGGCGAAGACGACUACGACGAGCACACGCACGCUCAGCCCUCUCAACAGCGCCAGAACUAUGGCCCUUCUCAGUCAGAUCAGCUCUACGGCGCACGCAAGUCUGCAGAGCAGAGGCGGUCGGCAGAUCGGGAGAGAUAUGAUACGGACAACAGGGUGCUUGGAGAUGAUUUUGAGGCGCUGGAGUUGAGAGAUGAUGAAGCCCCCGCCCACCAUAAACCAAACCGCCCGCUUGCAAAUCCCGAUCUCUUCAAGCCCACGCCCGUAUCGCCACCCCAGAGCGGUCCUAUUGAUGAAGUCGACGCCCUGUAUCGCAAUCCCUCGCCCGCAAACCAGCCACCCGGCAAGUUAGGAGGCAAGAAGUGGCAGCCCCUUACGUCUGUAGCACCACACCCCGAGCCCGAAGACCAUGAUCCAUUCAGUCUUGGGGACAGCGACGAGGAAGAUACAAAUGCCAAGACCAAGGACGUUAAAGCCGAAGAUACCGAUAGGCUGAAGAAAGCGGCAGAGGGCAAGGAGGGAAAGGAUGCUGGAGAUCUGAAGGAGGCGAGUCGGAGUGGGAGCGCGGGGCAGAAAGAUGCGGCUGCAGAAGCCUUGUUGAAGGAGGCUAAAUAGCUGCAUCUUGAGGUCUCCCUUUGCAGUUCUGUUUGAUGAUGAUUGAUGACUGAUGGGUAGUUUCCACGGCUUGGCUGGUUUUGUGGUAUGAGUAGAUGCACUUUCGGCCCUGCGGUUUGCUUAGUUUCUACGAAGCGAUUGUAUGUAGGCGGAUUAAGUUCAUAUCAAUACUGACCAUCUUUCAGACAGGAAUGGGAUGAUCCUCGACUGCUGCUUUCUAACUGGCAAUCUUCUGAUUAACACAUAUGUGUUCUGUAUAUAUAGCCUGUGUACACUAGCGGCAUUCAUGGAGUACAGCUCUAGUAUUAAGCUAGCAGAAAGGAAAAUGAAUGCGCCUACAGAG